AUGGUUACUCUCUUCGAUGAUUUGCCUGAUCUAUCAUUGAUAGAAAUAUUUUCUUAUUUAUCUUGUGUAGAUGCUUUAUGGUGUUUCAAUAAUCUCAAUAUUCGCCUAACAAGAUUAUUAAUUGAACGAGGUUUUUAUAAUCAUGUUAAUUUAUCAUCUAUGCGAUAUCAUCGAUUCAAAAAAUUCUUAUCAUUACUUCAAUUCAAUGAAAUCGAAUCACUUAUCAUUGAUUGUUAUUCAUCCCCUCUUCAGCUAAGAUGUUGGCCUUAUUUACCACAUUUAAGAAUAUUAAAAGUAAAGGGUGUACGAGAUGUCAUUGAUGUUUUUAAUUUUGCACAACGACAUUCCACCACAUUAACUCACUUAGGAGUUGAAUCAAGCGAGUAUUUUGAAACACGUGGUUUAAGCAGAAAAUUAUGUUAUCCAUCAUGGAAUUUAUGUAAAUUUAUCACUGAAAUUCUUAAUCAUCUGUCUGCUCUUCGUUCACUUGAUUUCGGAAUGGAAUCAUCUUUUUUCUUACAUCAUUGGCCUUUGAAAACAAUACAAGUGCCUUUAAUUUAUUUGGCUAUUACAUUGAAUAUAACGCGCACUUUGCUAGAUAUAAUGUCGACUGAACCAUUGUCACAUACAUUAGAACAAUUACACAUUAAACUACGUGAUGGAUCUUAUCUUAUAAAUAGUUUAGAUGCUAUACGUCUUUUACCCCGAAUGAAAGCUUUACAUACAUUUAGUUUUGUUAAAUCAUUGAAUUGGCAUUCGAUUGUUGAAUGGACAUUUGUUAAUCUAUUAACUUCUUCUAAUAUUAUGCCUGUUUUACGACGAAUGAAUUUUUCUCUUGUUAUUAGUGUUGAUGAUCUUAUUCGAAUGAGAAAUUCAGCACUUUUUACAGAUUUUCGUCAUAUUGAUGUUCAUUAUGCAUUUAUUAUCAAUGAUGAUCGUCCACAUAUAGAACUUCUUAAUUAUGUACCACGUGGUAGUCAAUCUCAUCUUCGUCAAAUAGCCAGUGCAACUUUUAUUUCUGAUUGUUGGCCUGAUAAUCAACCAUUUAGAACUCCAAGACAAAAUUAUUUGACGAAAUCGAAAAAUCGGCAACAUCUAUUCUACAGUUUACCAUGGAUUUUUAAUGAAUUUUUUCAAUUAAGUGUUCCAGAUAGAUGUAUUAGUGAAUUAGAAGCAUUUAUAUCUUCUUCAAUUACUAAAAUUCAUUCGUCUCAUUUAAUUAAAUUAAAUAUGUCAGACAAUCUUGCAUCAUCUACAAGUUUCUUCUCUCAAAUAAUGUCUUCAAAUAAGAUAGUGGAACUUCAUUUAUAUCGAUGUAAUAGACAAGUGUCUAUGAAUUUACCCAAUGUUUCUCAUCUUAUUCUUAUUGAUAGUUUGGAUUCAUUGAAUAGUUCUUCACUUUCAUUAAACAUUCGCUCUAUUCAAAUCAUUCUUCAUUAUGAAUGUCUUCGUUUUGCAGCUGGUGAUUGGACUGCUUUACGUUCACUCUCAACUUUACCAUUGUUGAACUCUUUACGUAUAAUUUUAUAUGGUAUGCGUAUUCCUCCAGAUGGUACAAAUUGUCAAAUUAUUGCGAAGAUAACACCAAAGUUAUUGGAUUUCUCUUUUUGUUUUCGACGUAUUUAUUGUCAAAAUUCGUAUGAUAUUGAUGCAGCAUACAAGAAACAUUGUUUAUUCAUCGAACAAUUACGAAAUUGUAUUCUUAAUUUAUCAUUAAAUAAACAAGCAUAUGUUUUUGUUGAAAAAGAUGGUUGUGGACUUGUUAUAUGGUUUUGA